UGGAAUGUAUUCAUUUACAAGCAGGGGCUUUUCUUUAUUUAUUAUUUUCGUUAUGUUCCGUGGAAGUACUAAUACAUUGGAUGAAUUCUCGUUACUUUACUUAAAGCAGUUGGGUUACGAUGCAUUUUAUGUUGGUGUGAUGCCUUUGUUUGGUUUAGUGACACAGUUGAUUGGCGUUCCUGUUUGUAGCUAUUUGGCAGAUAAAUUCCAACUCCGUAAAUUUGCUUUUUUUCUGGCAACUCUAAUUUCUAUACCAACAAUUAUGAUGUAUGGGAUUCCACUUGCGAAAUCUUUACCGUGUAAAGAAAGAUGGAAAGAGGAAAAUGUAGCCAUUUAUAAACAAGGAAACACUAUGUCGGUGAAUCGGUCUUUAUUAAGUAAAGGAGUAGUACUGAGUAAUUUUAAGUCGAACAAAACCACUCAAAGUAACGUUUCAGCUGUGCAAAGCUUGUCAAUGUUUGAAGAUGACAAGCAAAAUGAAAAUACCAAAUUGAAGCUGUGGUAUUAUUUAAUUCUUUGUUUUGUAAAUGGCAUUUAUGAACUGUGCAGGAGGAUGACUGUUGGAUUAGUAACUGCUGCCGCAAUAGGUCAUGUAAAAGAAAAAAAAUACAAAUAUAGGCUAUUUGAAGUAAUGGGUGCUGUAGGUACGGGUAUAACACUCUGUGUUGUCUCGCUGAUUGCAGGUCAAUUUAAAUAUGAGAGAUGUGAUGAGGAGCAACCAAGCUUUUUUGUUUCAUUUCCCAUUGCAGCCGCUCUACAAUGUUUUACUUUACUUGGAACACUCUGGUUAAAUUUUGAUUACUACGAAAAACCUGACAAUAUAAAUUAUAAGGAGGCGAUUUUGGCAUUGUUAAAACCACAGCACAUUUUUAUUUUGUGUAUUGCGUUUCACGUUGGUGCAUGCAAUGGGUUUUUAACUCGUUGGCAAUACUGGUUCAUGGAUAAACUUGGUGCAAGCACAACUGUCUUGGGUGUAGAAGGUUUAUUAAAGCGAAUAAUGUCCUUGACAUUCUCUUAUUUAGCUGCAGGUUAUGUAAUACGAGCAUUGGGGCGAGACGCAACGAUGACUCUUUCCCUUUUGUUGUUUGCUUUUGCAUUUGCUUUUCUUGCAUUGAUCAAGAACCCUUGGCUCCUAAUUCUUACGGACAAUAUUCAAUAUUCUGCCUAUACAUUUUUCUAUAUAGCAGUGGUGCUUCAUUUUUCAAAUACAGAGUCAGACGCACUUUCUGUAUUUUUUCAAGGUGUAAUAACGGUUGCCAUCAAUGGCGUUGGUAAAGACAUUGGCUCUUUAUUCAUUGGCUAUUCUUUUAAAGAAUAUGGCAUCAGGAAAACUUUGUACGGAUAUUCAGUGAUCUCUCUUAUAUGUUUUACAGUGCUCGCAAUUUUUAGUUUAAGGAAAUACAAGGCUAGUAAAUGUAAGCUAACAGAAACAGAAAACAAAUGCGACGACGACAUUGAUGAAGAGAUGACUUGGAAAUGAUAAUGAUAUAGAAAAAAAGGCUAGUGAAUAAAAAUGUUUUAGAAACUUGGACAAAUUGCUUGUUCAAGCAGAAUAAAGUGCCCUUUACCAGAUGCUAUGACAUACUUAUUAAAAACUUUGCUACUAUAUAGAAUAAUAACAUUAAAUCUAAAAUAAAUUAUCAUAGGCAUAUGUAACUUGCCGGGUAUACAAUAUAAUAGGUUAACGACUCGUUAAAUCCUAUGCCGUUUUAACUCAUGUCGUUAAAAUUGUAAAAUUAUUGUUUGUGUUAAUAUCUGCUAUUGUACAUGCUUGUCAGCCAUAAAAUUAAAUCUAAGUACGAAGAAUCAAAUUAACAUGCAGUUAUAUAAAAACCAAAACCAACAAAGA